CGCUCCGACAUUACACCAUGGCACAAGUGGAAAGCAUCAUUAGCACCAACAACGAUUCCAGCUCGGAGGACGCCGAGAUGAAGGCGCUCAUGGCCAAGUGGGAUGCGGAAAACGGUACGGCGAUCGACGACGACGUGGACGAGGAACUCGACGAUGACCCGUUGGAUUACGACGAGGCGCUCGAAAAGUAUCGUCGGGUUCUCUUUGCCGACAGCAACGCCAUUGAUCACAUAUUUUUGGGUACGUCCGAUUUCGAUCAAGCCAUGACCGAUUUCACCCAGCUGACCGGCAUCGAACCCGUCAUGGUGGUGUCCUUGAACGGUCUCGGUACCAAGUCGGCCCGUGUGGGUUUCAACGAAUGCUGUUUUCUAGAAAUUGUCGGCCCCGACCCGAAACAAGCGGACACCCCCAUGAAACACAAGCUGAGUGGCAUCGAGGCUGGCAAGCUCGUGCCCCUCCACUACGCCGUUCGUCACGACGAGACCAUGAAAACGAUAAAGUCCGAGACUCUACCCAAUCUUGGGUACGGCUUCGACCAGAUCACGAUGGUCGCUAAAGACAGGGGCAUGCCCUGGCAAUGGGACAUGGUUAUUUUGGAAGACCAUUCUGACGGAGGUUUGGCCCCGAUUUAUUGUCACUGGGGUAAAUCGACGCACGGAGCGAGCAAACUGCCACAAGUAGGUCGGUUGGUGUCCGUCAAGGUGCGUGUGCGGGACGCCCAGAGUCCCAUCCUCCAACUACUGUCGAAGGUGGACGGUGUGGAUGCGGGCGCCGCCGAGGGAGGACAGGAUAUGUUGGCGUUCACCUUUACGAGCGAAAAGGGUACGCACACGUUUUCGACGUCGAGCCCGAUUGGUAUUGCGUUUCCCAAAGAAGGCGGAUUGCCGGUCAAACACGCAUUUUAGUCAGUGUGAGGUUGUGGCCGACUACCAAUUUGUACCCCACGUCAACGGUUACCUGUGGGGCAUUCGCUCCAAAAUGAGUGAUACUAUCUACUUUUUACGUUAUAUAAAUCAAUAUUGACC